AAGCGGUAAUGGAUCCGCUUCCGUUAUAAUUUGAAAACGGAGACCGUUGUAAAGCGCAAAUAAAUAAUACGCAACUCGUAAGCCUUUUUAAUUAUCAAUUUUACAUGUGAAAGGUAGUAAUUAAACAGAAAAUGUAAUAAUUAAAAACAAUUGAAAAUGAUGCAGUGGUUAUUUACCAAUAGUUGUGAGUUAGCCAUAAAAUGACAGUUUUUUUCCUAUCAAAAUGUUAACGUAACCUUCUAAAUUUUGACAAGAAUAGUCACCCCGUAAUGCAGUAAUGUCAUCAGUCAUGGAUUUUGACCUAAGUAAGGAAAAUAUUCAGCCCCUUCGAGGUGGAAGAAACGUAACUCAACUAGAAGUAGCAUUGCAAGCACAAUUUAACGAAGAUUACCAAAGAGAAAUUCUCCAACAAAAAGAGGCUUUCGAAAAUGCAAUUAGACAUUAUGAAGGGGAAGAUCCCUUGGAUAAUUGGUAUCACUAUAUUUCAUGGGUAGAGCAAAGUUUUCCAAAACAUGGUCACGAAGGAAAUUUGGUUGCUUUAUUAGAAGACUGCUUGAGCAAAUUUGAACAUGAUAAGCGAUACAUUCAUGAUCGUCGUUUUUGCAAAUUAUGGAUAAAAUAUAUUGAUAUGCAGCCAAAUCCGUUAGAGCUAUUCCACAUGAUGCAUGCUCAAGGUUUAUGUAGAAGCUGCGCCGAUUUAUACAGGGCCUGGGCAUACUACCACGAAGUUGCUGGGGACUUCAAAAGUGCUGACAUGGUUUUCCAACUUGGUGAACAAGAACUUGCCCAACCAUAUGAAGAAUUAGUUACAGCCCAUCGUAAUUUAGUCUAUGCAGUUGGACAGCAAAUGAUAAGGGGAGCAGAAGUAGAUGCUCAAAGGUUAGAAGAACAGAGAAGAGCUCUAACCACAUUAAGUACUUAUGGACAUGGUAAAAUGGUCCCUAGUGUGCGCAUACCUAUUUCUGCUGGUGCUGGUGUGUUACCUAGUGGUGCAAAAGCUAAUCUAAAGGAAAACGUAGUGGUACCUGUGUAUCAAGAUAGGGACAAUAGUAAAUUACUUGGGGCCGAAGCUGUACCCCCUGUAAGCAUUUUAUCAGCUGCAAAACGUCAGCAGGCUCCUAAAGAGAACACAAUAAAACCUGGAGUUUGGACUACAGCUUUACCUAUUAAAAAAGGUCCAAUGGCUCAUCGAAACCCAGCAUUUACAGUUCAUGAAGACAUUAUUGAUCUCCAUUCAAUUGGUAUAAAGCUGCCAGAUGAAUUUUAUCCAGUAAGUCACGAAGACUUUUCUAACUGGAAUCCUCCAUUGGCCUAUUUUGAGCCUGAAGAUCCAAGCAGAAUUCCAAUGUAUCCCAAAAGUAAAGUAUACGCAAAUCCAAAAGGUGAAGUUAGCAUUGAAGAAGUUCGAGCCACUAAAUACAAAGUGAAAGGCAACUGUAAUAGACUAAACAUUUCUCACUCUGAAACAAAUGAAGCCAUUCAAUCGAUCUUGGGAGAUGGUGUUAUCAAUCAGAAAGUUCCAUUUCAAGAACAUCAACAGCAGCAACAGCAUAUUGGAUAUGGACAGACACAGAAUGAACAUUUUCAAAACUACUUGCCCAGAUCGGAACAGUUUCAAUAUCAACAGGUUGAUGUUGGCAUGGCUAAACAGGAAGGCGCUAUAAGGAAAUCAUACGAAUUAAUGAACAAUUCACAACAACAGCAGCAACAUUUCGAAAUUUUCAGUCAACAACAGCCUAUGAUGACUGGCGGUUUUGGACAAUUUCACAAUCAACAUCUUCAACCAUCACAACAACCUCAAAGUAAUCAUUUUGAUCAGCACCAGACAAUGAGCCUCCUCAAUCGUUCUCAACUCCAUAUGAGUAAUCAAUUUCCGCAACAACAGCAAAUGGCUUUCUCAACACAACAAUUUCAAAUGCAGCCCCAACAACAGCAUAAACCACAACAACCGACAUUCAAUAAAUCUAAAAAUAACAACAUACUAUCAAGAACACCAUGUCAUUCUGUGAAGCAAGCGAUUACUGCACAGACUGCCACUAUAGUGUCACCUGCAGGUACUGGCUUUGCAAACCUAAGUACUCAGCAAGCUAAUACCCCUGUCAAUAGGGAGUCGCCUAAUAUGAGUAGCGAGUUCGGAAAAGACAUGGUCGAUUUAUGGAGGUUUACUACAGAAGAAGACUCCAACAGUUUACCCCCCAUAAAAGGAACAUCAAAAUUUGCUAUAUUCGAAGACGACGCUCAGUUAAAAGGUACUGCUAUGAAAAGUCCCCCUUUUAGAAUAAUAAGCGAUGAAGAACUCGCGGAAACAGGUUCUCGAGGGGGUCAAGAUGUAGCAGCGGCUGCACAGCCGUGCGAUGGCGCCAAAAGGAUCCCUAUUUUCGAAGAUGAUAGCAACUCACCUAUCAAAAUUAUCGGAAAUCGUGAACCUCCUAUUCUCCCCGAUCUAAAUGCUUCUUGUAACACUCAAAUGUUCAACGUUAAUUUGAAUGCAAUGCAAGUUAGCACUCCGCAAUCUAAACGAACUGAACCACUUAAAGAUAUUAGUGAGGAGACUCUCAAACAAAGCAAGAAAAUGCUGUUCGGACCUGAACCCGAGAAAAAACACAUGUCGACAAUUUUUGAAGAAACUACGAAAGAUUACAGAUCAAGCUCAUCUAGCGGAAGCUCAACUUUCAAAUCGGUCAUGUCAAAUCAAUCAAAGCGUGAAAACAUGGCAGUGAUAAGCGAGGAAGAAAGCAACUACAAUUUCAAUCUAGCACAAAAUAUGAAAGCCAAUGCGGCCCUCAGAUUGAGUUUGUUAGGUGAUUUGAUGGAAUGCGAAUCAGGUCAAAGCAGUCCCGUAACAGACAUACUUCCCACAUUGCCUCCGGCCCCUCUUCAUAUAGAGCCCUUAUCUCAGGCUCCAAGCGAUCCAUUCAAAUCAACUGUUAUUGAAACUCUUCUAAAACACGUUGCGUUCCCAAAUCGCCACACUGCAGGCUAUAUAGAAAUAUUUUGUACUCCUCGAUUCACCAUUAAGAAGGAACCAUGUAGAAUUGGAGACGAUCGGUAUCUCAUAGAAAAGAUGCUGGGCAAAGGUACUUAUGGUCAAGUUUAUAAAGCAACCGAUUUAAGGACGAAAGAAGUUGUUGCAUUAAAAAUACAAAAACCACCCAACAAAUGGGAGUUUUACAUUUGUAGAGAAAUACAGUCGCGACUGGCCAAACACCCACUCAGAGACCGAUUCAUGCAAGUCCCUGUCGGCUACUUUAAUGAUCAGAUGUCUAUUUUGGUAUCAGAAUUCAGCCGUUGCGGUUCGUUGUUGGACGUUGCAAAUGCAGUUAAACAGAAAACGGGCAAAACCUUAAAAGAACCUUUCUGCAUUUUUUUCUCUAUGGAGAUGCUAAGUAUUGUACAAGCCCUACACAAAGCUAAAAUUAUACACGCGGACGUAAAGCCUGAUAACUUCUUGGUCUUUGUCGCCCCCGACCAAACGAUCACGCUCCAAUUGAUCGAUUUCGGUUGCAGCAUCGACAUGACCCUCUUUCCUGAAAGUACCACGUUUACACGUUGUGUCACAACCGAGGACUUUGUAUGUUGUGAAAUGCGCGACGGGCGACCGUGGAACUACCACACCGAUCUCUUCUGUGUAGCCGCAUCUGCUCAUGUACUUCUCUUUGAUAAAUACAUACAGUUGCAAAAGAAAGAUGGACACUGGUCAAUCACCCAACGAUUUACCAGAUAUAUGUCGCUAGAGUUAUGGAACACAUUCUUUGCAAAUCUGCUGAAUCAACAGGCGGGUCUUGCAGAUCCUGAACCGCUCCUAGGACUUCUCCGAGAAGCAUUCUACGCCUCUGAUCGCACGGCUGACAUGAGAUACCUCGCCAAUGUUCUAAAAGAUCGAUAACAACACAUUACAUUAGGCCUUUACACCAUUUCUUCGUUUUUGUUUCUUUUAGAUAUAUACAUGUAGAUUUUUUUCUUUCUGUUUAUGUUUUGGCCACACUUCUGCUUUACGUACCAGUUCUUGCGCGGUCUUUAUAGAUAAAAAUCAAUACGGUUAAUCUCUGGUAUUAAAAGUUUACUUAUUUAUUUAGAUAAUGAACACAAAAAGCACCUUUUGCAUGUUGCGCAUGCAAAUUAGGUAGGCUUGAAAAGAAUGAUUUUUGAAGAGAAAAGUAUAAACAGCUUUAGUCCCCUAUAAUUUUAGUUAUCAUUGAGUUUGUAUUGCCCAUUUUGAAGUCGAGUCGUGCAGUUAAAAUAUUACAUUAAAAAUUUAUUUGGUGAACAAUAAAGUUAGUUAUACCACAAUUACACAAUUAUGUUUUUUAAUUCGCUCUGGUCACUUACAAUUUUUGAUUAAUAAGAUUAGAAUUUAGACUAUGAAUUUACUACUGAGGUACUGUAAUCUAGCAUUAGUUCAUCCUUUUUAAAAAUAUUUCUAUAUUCAAAUUGACACACCUUUUCUUUAAUGUUAUGUUUUAGGAAUGAAAGGCCGUAUGAUGAUAAGUGUAGUGAAUCGAUCCUCACAUAUAUUGUUAGAGUACUAACAAAUUUUAAAAUUAUGAAGUUUGGAGAUCCAAAGUUAAUUUGCUUUCGAAAAAAAAUAUGAAGAUUCAGAAUUUUACUAGUUUUAUUUUAACUUAUUUAUCCGGGUUAAUUCACUACGCCUGUUGCUCUUUGGUCGCUGUGGACAUUUAAUAAAUCAUCGUUUAAAGUAAUUAUUGAUAUAAACGUACCAAUAUAAUUGUUCUAAACUAAAGUAUGUCUUCAAAUAUCUAUCGUACAAAAUAUUGUUUGACUCCUAAAACUGUAUUCUACUUUAACUAGAUUAAGUAAAUCUGACUGCACGGCCGACUUUAAGUGUAUCUAUAUGUAAUGGAAUCAAUAAAAAAUAUUUAAAACUA